CGCCUGGUCUCGGGGCCGCCCCUCCGAACCAGUUUAGCCUCGCGGAGCGGGCAGGUCCCGGCACUGUGGCCGGGGUGCUCGCCUCGCCGCUCCUUUCGGCCGUAGCGGGCUCAGGUGUGCCUUAGCUCCGGUCAUUGCCAUGAUCCGGCAGGAGCUCUCCACAUCCUACCAGGAGCUGAGUGAGGAGUUGGAUCAGGUGGUUGAGAACUCAGAGCAGGCGGACGAGCAGGAAAAGGAGACAGUCAAAGUCCAAGGUGCAGGAAUCUUACCGGCCCUGGACAGUGAGUCUGCCUCCAGCAGCAUCCGCUUCAGCAAGGCUUGCCUGAAGAACGUCUUCUCGGUCCUGCUCAUCUUCAUCUACCUGCUGCUCAUGGCCGUGGCCGUCUUCCUGGUCUAUCAGACCAUCACAGACUUCCGUGAGAAACUCAAGCACCCUGUCAUGUCGGUGUCUUACAAGGAGGUGGAUCGCUAUGAUGCCCCAGGUAUUGCCCUGUACCCCGGGCAGGCCCAGUUGCUCAGCUGUAAGCACCAUUACGAGGUCAUUCCACCUCUGAGGAGCCCUGGCCAGCCGGGAGACAUGGACUGCACCACCCAGAGGAUCAACUACACGGACCCUUUCUCCAAUCAGACCCUGAAAUCCGCCCUGAUCGUGCAGGGGCCCCGCGAAGUGAAGAAGCGUGAGCUGGUCUUCCUCCAGUUCCGCCUGAACAAGAGCAGCGAGGACUUCAGCGCCAUCGACUACCUGCUCUUCUCUUCCUUCCAGGAGUUUCUGCAAAGCCCAGACAGGGUGGGCUUCAUGCAGGCCUGUGAGAGCGCCUAUUCCAGCUGGAAGUUCUCUGGGGGCUUCCGCACCUGGGUCAAGAUGUCCCUGGUGAAGACCAAGGAGGAGGAUGGACGGGAAGCAGUGGAGUUCCGGCAGGAGACGAGCGUGGUUAACUACAAUGACCAGAGGCCAGCUGCCGAAAAAAGUGCUCAGCUGUUUUUUGUGGUCUUUGAAUGGAAAGAUCCUUUCAUCCAGAAAGUCCAAGAUAUAAUCACUGCCAAUCCUUGGAACACAAUCGCUCUUCUCUGUGGGGCCUUCUUGGCAUUAUUUAAAGCAGCAGAGUUUGCCAAACUGAGUGUGAAAUGGAUGAUCAAGAUUAGGAGGAGAUACCUUAAAAAAAGAGGUCAGGCAACGAACCACAUAAGCUGAAGUUGCCUCGUGUGGUUCAUAGACCUGCCUACAUCAAUGGAAGUUCUCAUCACUUCCGCUUUGAUAAACCGAGCUACCAGCAAUCCUGUACUCACUUGAAGAAGCGGGCCUGCUGGGAGGAACAGCCUCUCCAACUGCAGCUUCUAACCUGGCCCAAAAAGAGGCUGUUUAGAGCCUAAUGGAACAGAUCCAGUGGAUGACGUAAAAGUUAUUUAAGUACUUAAAUUAUUAACAUUUUUUGACAUAUGACAUAUGAAUAGGGUUUGUGGAAGAUGGAAUUAGGUAUAUACCAAGUUUUCUGAAGAUGUGUGAAGCUGCCUUUCUUCUUACUUGGUUUGGUGUAUAGUUAAGCUCUAACAGGACAAUUAAGGGUCUACUUUUUACCUUAGGUGUUUUUUUCCUGAGGUUUUUAAAGUGGACAGAAGAGAGUGUGAUUUUUUUUCCCUCCCAAAUCCUGACUAUCCAGAUGUGUAGGUCGUGCUUUGAAACCUAUGCACUGUACACAAAGGCAGAAGCCCUUAUGUCGCUGGCAUCAUCUGCCGUUUACAUUGUCUAGCCUCUGACAAGCUCAUUUGUUAAAUAUUAAAUGAGACUUUUUUAAAGUUACUAGAAACUAGUAAU